UGAUUGUAUUUACAUAAUUAACUGUACCGUCUCCAUCCUCCACUUACCAAAAUCUGUUCGAGUUCGAGCACUGUAGGAUGAGGACGAGAGAGUUGGCCAACAAUGUGCAGAAAAAUCAUACCUGUGGGACACACUGAGGUAGCUGCUUCAUCUUCAUUUCAUAGUCAUAUUCAUCUUCUUUUCUCAUUGUUUAUGGCUAUCCUACUUUCACCUCCUUUCUCUGCUCCCAUCUCUUUCCCUCCAUCUCCCUGACUUCAAGCCCACCACCAUCAUGCUUCGCCUCCGCCGCAACUUCCAUCUCUCCCGCCACCCUCUUCUCUUCAAACCCUUCUCCACCGCCGCCCCUCUGCCUCCUCUUCACCUCCCACUCUCCCAUCCCACUUACAUUCUUUGGGGCUCCAAUACCUCCGUUGGCAAAACCUUAGUUUCCGCUGGCCUCGCCUCCUCCUUCCUCCACUCCGAUUCUCCUUCCAAUUUCCUCUACCUCAAGCCCAUCCAAACCGGCUUUCCUUCCGAUUCCGAUUCCCGUUUCGUCUUCCAUAAGCUUUCCUCCCUAUACCGACGCCGCCACGCCCGUCUCUCUCUUCUGGCCUCCGAUCAUGUUCUCAAUGCCUCUCUCCCUGUUCUAAACUCCAUCACUGGUUGCGGAGAUGGGAGUGAAUUGGCAAUGUGCGAACUGGGUCAGUAUGAAGAACAACGAUUGGUGGGGGAGGAAUCCGGUUUGGGUUCGAGGUUAAUUUGUAAGACCAUGUAUGCCUGGAAAGAGGCUGUUUCUCCGCAUUUAGCUGCUGAGAGGGAAAGCGGGGUGGUGGACGAUGCCCUUGUGAUACAGUCGCUGCAGAGUUGCUUAAAUUCUGGAUUGGGAGUGAAUGGGGAGAGUGAGGGUGCAGAAACCAGAGCCAUGUGUCUCGUCGAGACAGCCGGUGGGGUUGCUAGUCCAGGCCCAUCUGGGUCCCUUCAGUGUGAUUUAUACAGGUCUUUUCGUUUACCCUGCCUUCUUGUCGGUGAUGGCCGGCUGGGUGGUAUUUCUGGGACAAUUUCAGCAUAUGAGACCUUGAAACUUAGAGGCUACGAUGUUGCUGCCAUUAUCUUUGCUGAUAAUGGCCUUGAAAAUGAGGUGGUGCUAAGUUCUCAUCUUCGUGAUAGGGUGCCAAUUCUGGUGCUACCUCCCAUUCCUGCUGAUAUAACAGACGACCUGAUGGAUUGGUUUGAUAACUCUCAGAACGUAUUUGAUUCUCUGAAGGAAAUAAUGUUAUCAGCUUAUUCUAAAAGACUUAACAGAUUGCGAGAAAUGCCAAAAAAGGCAAAGAGUAUUUUUUGGUGGCCAUUCACCCAGCAUAAACUUGUGGCAGAUGAAGCUGUUACAGUAAUUGAUUCUCGCUGUGGUGAGAACUUCACUGUUUUCAAGGAUCAGGGUGAUGAAUUUAUGACUCAACAAUUUGAUGCAUGUGCCAGUUGGUGGACACAGGGUCCUGAUGCUGCCCUGCAGACUGAGCUAGCAAGUGAUAUGGGCUAUGCUGCUGCAAGAUUUGGGCAUGUGAUGUUUCCAGAGAAUGUGUAUGAACCAGCUUUGGAAUGUGCAGAGCUUUUGCUUGCUGGUGUUGGAAAAGGUUGGGCUUCAAGGGUGUAUUUCUCAGAUAAUGGAUCUACAGCUAUUGAAAUUGCACUAAAGAUGGCUUUUCGGAAGUUUUCUAUUGAUCAUGGAAUCCAUGAUGCUCAAGAAUGCAAUGCAGAUGCACAACGGAGUGAGCUUAUGGUUUUGGCUCUCAAUGGAUCAUAUCAUGGUGAUACAUUAGGAGCUAUGGAAGCACAGGCACCCUCAUGUUAUACAGGCUUCCUGCAGCAACCAUGGUAUACUGGAAGAGGUAUUUUUUUGGAUCCUCCUACAGUCUAUAUGCACGGAGGCAAAUGGUAUCUUUCCUUGCCAGUUGGAUUGCAACCGGAAACCUUGAGACUUGAGAAUGCUUUUUUCGAUUCACGUGAUGAGGUAUUCGAUGAGAAAAGGGACGGUUCAGAUUUGGCUGAAAUCUAUUCAGCAUAUUUGUCACAACAAUUAUCAAAUUCUUCAAAGUCCAACUCAUUGCUUGGAGCACUAAUUAUGGAACCAGUAAUACAAGGUGCUGGAGGAAUGCAUAUGGUGGAUCCUCUCUUCCAACGGGUACUUGUGAAAGAAUGCCAAGAUAAAAAGAUUCCUGUCAUUUUUGAUGAGGUUUUUACUGGUUUUUGGCGCUUGGGUACUGAGACUGCUGCGGAGCUACUUCAUUGUGUGCCAGAUAUAGCCUGCUUCGCAAAGCUGAUGACUGGUGGAAUUAUUCCGUUAUCUGCUACAUUAGCUUCAAACUCUGUAUUUGAAUCCUUUAUUGGUGACUCUAAGCUCGAGGCCCUUCUGCAUGGACACUCGUAUUCAGCUCAUGCUUUGGGCUGCACGGCUGCUGCGAAGUCCAUUAAAUGGUUUAAAAAUUCUCAAACAAACCUGAAUAUCAAUGCUGAAGGGACAUCUCUCAGGGAGUUAUGGGAUGAGAAUUUGGUUUACGAGAUCUCAUCACAUCCUGCAGUGAAGAGAGUAGUAGCAUUGGGAACUCUCUUUGCUCUAGAACUUCAAGCAGAUGGCUCUAAUGCGGGGUAUGCAUCCUUGUAUGCAAGAUCUCUUCUAUUAAAGCUUAGAGAGGAUGGGAUUUAUACGAGGCCAUUAGGCAAUGUCAUCUACCUUAUGUGUGGACCCUGCACAAAACCAGAUAGCUGCAGCCAAUUAUUGAUCAAACUGCUUGGCGGAUUGGAUGAUUUUAUCAGCGAGUCCAGGGAAAACUUGGAAUCCUAUCAUUCAUGAAAGACAGCAAUGGUUAUUACUCUUUUAGCUGUUUUUGGUUGCUGUAUUAGUUCUGUAGCAACUCAUGUAACAAACUUGAUUCAUAGAAAUGUUUUAUUGUUAUAUUUAGUUUUUUGUUCUUUCAUUUUUGCUUGGACAUGUAAAAUUUGGAACUAUUUAGGUACUUGCGAGAUGAGGAAUCUGCCGAUCAUUGUUCUGCUAAGCUUACUUUAGCCUAGUUUAUGCAAUUUGGUAGUCAAUCAAA